GCCAGGCGCCAGCUUAAUAGUUAAUACUUAAUAUCGACUGUUACCAUUUGCAAUUUUGAGCAUUUGUACAGUGUUCACCAAGUUGACGUUUCAGUAAGAUUUUAUCUCUCGUCUUUACUUUUACACGUUUUAAAACUCUUUAAAUUUCGGAAAAUUCGGAGAAAACAUAUUUCCAAUUCCAAACACUGUCGUGCAGAACUUUCCUAGCCCUUCCUAGUCAAACUUAAGAAUGUCGAACACGAGACUAUCUACUGCAUCUUCGUACAGUAAAAAUAAAGCCAAGAAGGAUCUGCAUCCAUUUUAUGAUUCAUCUGCCUCACAUCAAGAAAGAAAAAGAAGGGAUGCCUCUGGAGAUGAUGAACUCGAAGAUGAUUUCAUUGGAAUCAGCCCUCAAGUGUCUCAUACAAAUUGUUAUAAUGAAAACUAUUUCUUAGAUACUCAAUCCAAAAAACAGAGAAUGUCAAUCAGUGGCCAAGAAAAAGAAGCAAAAUUGAACAAGACGGGAGACUGGGAGCACCAACUGAAAGGUUCUUUCUCAAGAAAACCUGCUACUACUACUAGACAAACACCAGUUGAAAAGAAGACAAAACCACAAUCAGCUAGAAAUACAGAAAAAGCAACCACUACAAAUCCUCCAUCGGCUAAAAAAAGAAGAACGAAAAAUGCCGAAAGACCAUCUACAGAAACUAGUGAUUCACCUGAACUAGCCGCGAAACGGCCCAUGGUUGCUUCGGAACGGAAAGCUAUCUGAAGUGAAGAA